AUGCCUGCCAUUGCUAAUCUCGGUCGUUUAUUGGACUCGGCUGUGCUUGCCAUGAUAACUGUGGUACUCGCUGGAGCUGCCUUGUACUGUAUCGGUCUGGCCCAUCACAUGAUCGUCAUCACGGAGAGGAAUAAAUUGGGUGCUUUCGGCAAUCUAGUGGCCAACGCGCUGCCUUUCAAGGGUAAUAGAUUCGAAUUCAACCUGACCCAUGUACUGCUGUAUGCAAUACUAUGCGUAUUGCUCUCGCUAAGUCAUCAUAAGUAUUUGGAUGCCCAGAGUAAGCGCUUGGAGAAGGAGGAGAAGAAGCAACAGCAGAAGGGGAAGAAGAAUGAGUAA